CUGCAGAGGACGUCGUUAUCCUCUUAUCUCCUUCAGUAUAAACAUUCCUCAGUAUCCAGCGGUGGAUGUAUCCUUCGCACAUCCUGCAGGAGAAGAUGUCUUCCACUGUCCUACUCACUGCCCUUUUUGCCCUUCCUCUAGCUGUGGGUUGGGUUGUGUUGGGUGAGAGAGAAGAGGCCCAGAGGUUAUGUACUGGGAAAGAAUUCCGUCUGCCUGUGUACUCUACAUCCAGGAUGGUGACUUUUACGCCACACUCAGGGGGAGACAGACGCGUCUUGUUAGAGAAGACCAGUGUGAAGGACCCACGGUUUGAAUGGACGAGAGAUAAAAUGUUAGUCCUGAAAGAAGUGACACAUGAAGACCAGGGACUUUAUUCCAUCAAACUGUCCUCAGGGUUUACCUAUGAGACUGUUCGUCUGACUGUUUCAGAGUGCAUAAAGUCUUACUACAGAAACUAUGGGGACAACUUUGACUACAGCAUCCCUGAAAAUGGCUCCUUACUGGAGUUUUUUCCCAGGGGAGCUCCACCUGAGGCCAUGCCCGUUGUGCUGUGGAACAAAACAGACCCUAUGACCGGCAGCGUGGGCCGAGGGCGGCUGCUGAGGAGCGGGAAGGUCUGGGUGGCAGAGAGAGUUACGCAAGCGGACCAAGGCAACUACACAAUCAGGGAUGACAAAGGGAAGGCCGUGUCCCGCAGCACCCUCACUGUCCGGGGACGCUCCUUCAAUAUCACCCGUUUCACCAAGGAGUCUCUAAACCUGCCCCUCUUUCUUCCUCCUCCUCAUGCCCAUCUCAUUUUUACCCCUACCCGAUACCCUGAUGAAUCCUCCCUGGGUCCCUUUGACCCCAAACCCCCUCGAGGCCCUGUGCAGCUGGUUCGCGAGGGCCAUAUAACAGACUACGACAUGCGCUACAGGGGCCUCAUCUCUCUGGGCAGAAAUGGCAGCACUGAUGAGAUCGUCAUAGCUCGGCUAACUUCAAGGCAUGAUGGAGUCUAUGAAAUCAGAGAUAGAGAUGGAAACCUGGUAUCCUCCACUUCAUUGCAGGUGAUUGAAAAAGGAGGCAGAUGGCGAGCUCUUCUCAAGUCCAUAACCGUCCCUUCCGGCAUGUUUGUGUCCCUGGCUGGUUUUAUCCUCUUCAUGAAGAGAUACCCGAGUUGCAGCCUCUCCCAUUUCAUCGCUGGCCUCAGAUCAAACCGCACACCACCAAACAACCCUCCGAGGGUUAACAUCCAGGACUACAGCCAACCAAGCCCUCAGGCUUCAGGCUUCUACGGCCACUCUCAGCAUCCUGGAACGCCAAGAAAGUGGACCCCGAGAUCCAGUCCCACUCACACUGGCUACAGUCCGGUUAGGGUAGGAACUCCAAGAUCUCAGAACCAGGAAGCAAACAGACUGACACCACAGAGCUCCCCCUGUCAUAAUUCAACCACUGAGCAGGACAGAUCUAACGAGGAAGAGAGAAGGAUUUCAUUUUCAGUGCCAGGGGCAUCAGACUGCCUCCAUUCCUCUGAGGACUGUGUUCAAUUCCAGAUCAAAAAAGAUGGAAACAAAGAAAGAUGGAGCAAAUCACAAGAAUAUUUUUCCACACUGCCACUAGACACGGACACGUCUGAGUCCUGCAGUGUUUACACUUCUGAAAAACUGAACUUCUUAUAAAAAGGAGCUGAACCAAGAAAAGGAAAAGAGAUAAGACAUUGAAAAACUAUGAAGAGGAUCCUCAGGUGGAUAGAACUUGCUGGAAAAGUAAGACCUUGUUUGUGCCUUUGCAUCCUAUCCUAGAUUAAAUGGUUUGGUACCCAUACUGCAUGUCAUUUUAGCAUUAGCAUUCCAGUCUCAUGUUGCAUAUUCUUGACACUGUUGAUGGUGCUCCUGAAAUAUCACUGUUUCCUACCUCCAGACCCUCAGGACCAAUAUUAUCUGCACUGUAUUUUCUGAGUAUGUGUGUUUUUGUCAGCAUAAUAUCAUCUCUUGGGCUACAUAGAAAUAAGAGACGCAAUACAAUCAUGUGCAAAAGGGAAUCCUGUAAUUACUGUACAGUUACAGAGUUUUUUCUCCCUUCAUCUUGUUAACAAUUCUUUACUAGAACAUUGGAUUAUCAUGUUAUAUGUUUGUUCUGCAGUCUCAUGAUUUUGCAAAGAUAUGGUGUAUUAACUCUUCAAGAUAACUGUAGUACUAGUUAUAUAAAAAGUAACAUGUUUCACCAACUAUUGCAAUAGCUAUUAAGCUGUAAACUUUGUGUACAGGAUGGUAAUUUUAGUAUCAACCAAAUAUUCUAGUGACAAAAGAGGUUAAACUGCUUCUUGUGAUAUUUUUGGAAUGGCAAAUGUGUUUGAUCUAACAAUUAAAUGA